AUGACACAGAUGUCCUAUAAGAUUACUGGAAAGCUGCUUACCAGCAUUUGUGUUAGUCAGCUCACAGAGAAGAAAAUAACUUGUGAGUCUCUUGUAACUGAACUUGAUCUUGUGGAAAUUUGGGAACAUUGUCCAGGAGCUGCUAAAAGACAAACUUCUGUGGCACAAACCUACAUAUCUUUAGAAGAUAUCCAAGAACCCAAGAGUGCAGUUUCUUUUCGCCUGACUGACAAGGAAUCCGGGGAGCCUUCUCAUUCUACUGAAAAGAAACUACUUUCGGACCACAGAGAAGCUGAGAAACAGUGGUUGCUCAGAAGAAGGCGAUCUAUCCUGUUUCCUAAUGGUGUAAAAACCUGCCCAGAUGAAAGCAUUACAGAGGCUGUGGCAAAGCAUGUAAAGUACUUUAAAGUACGAGUGUGUCAGGAAGCUGUCUGGGAAGCCUUCCGGACAUUUUGGGAUCGACUUCCUGGACGUGAGGAAUAUCGUUACUGGAUGAAUUUGUGUGAGGAUGGAAACACAACUAUAUUUGAAAUGGGCACAAAUUUUAGUCAGUCUGUGGAACAUAGAAAUUUAAUUAUGAAGAAAAUGACAUAUACAAAGGAAACUGUAAGCAGCCCUGAAUUGUCAUCUCCAGUUCCUGUUGGUGAUGCCCCAACAUCAGGAGGUGCUGUUGUCAGUGUUCCAUAUCCAGGGGUGACCACCUCUGAAGGUAUCUCAGAUCGCAGCAAGGAGAGGCCUGGGGAGAGUAUUAGUAAUGAAAUUGAGAAUGUCAUGGAAGAAACCACAAAACCAGCAACUGAGCAGAUUGCAGAGUUUAGUAUCCACCUUUUGGGAGAGCAAUAUAGGGAAGAACUACAGGAUCCCUCCAACUUUCAGCACCAGCACCUUGUAGAAGAGUUUAUUUCAGAGGUUGAAAAUGCAUUUACUGGGUUACCAGGCUAUAAGGACAUCCGUGUACUUGACUUUAGGUCACCCAAGGAAAAUGGCAGUGGUUUAGAUGUUCACUAUGCAGUGACCUUCAAUGGUGAGGCCAUCGGCAAUACCACCUGGGACCUAAUUAGCCUUCAUUCCAACAAGGUGGAAAACCAUGGUCUUGUGGGACUGGAUGAUAAGCCCACUGCUGUUUAUGCAAUUAGUAACUUCAGAGAUUAUAUUGCUGAGACACUGCACCAGAAUUUUUUGUUGGGGAAUUCCUCUUUGAAUCCAGAUCCUGACUCCCUCCGGCUUAUCAAUGUGAGAGGGGUUUUACUUCCUGAAACUGAAGACCUAGUUUGGAACACCCAAAGUUCAAGUCUUCAGGCAACCCUACCAUCCAUUUUGGAUAAUACCCUUCAAGCUGAAUGGCCCUCAGCAGAUGAAUCCACCACCAGCAGUAUUUCACCACUUGAUUUCAGCUCUGGUCCUCCCUCAACCAAUGGCAGGGAACUCUGGUCAGAAAGCCCUUUGGGUGAUUUAGUGUCUACACCCGAAUUAGCCUUUCCCGCGAAGGUGGGCCUCAGUUCUUCCCCAGAGGUUUUAGAGGUUAGCAGCUUGACUCUUCAUUCUGUCACCCCAGCAGUGCUUCAGACUGGCUUGCCUGUGGUUUCUAAGGAAGGAACUUCUGGAUCUCACAUAUUAGAAGAUGGAUUAAUCAAAGUUGAAGGGCCAGAAGAGAUUCUUUCUGUUCAUUCAUUGCCUUCAAGUCCAUUCACUCAUCCAGUGCCAAAGGAAACGAUAUCAUCUGUGGAAGACUCUGAAGUGUCUUUGACAUCCUCACCAUAUCUGGCCUCCUCUGUCACUUUGGAUCUUGCUAAAGAAACAAUGAUACCUUUUGGCUUAGACUCUUUGGCCUCCAAAGUCAAAGGCCAAUUGGAAGUGAGCACUUUGAUGCCAGACACAUCCAUAGAAAAAGAGUUUAUAUUUGAGAGUGGUUUAGGUUCAGGAUCUGGGCAAAAGGUGGAUCUGAUUACUUGGCCAUGGAGUGAGACUUCAUUAGAGAAGAGUUCUGAACCACUGUCUAAGUCAUGGCUUGAAGAUCAGGAAUCACUUAUGCCAACUGAAGGUAUAGAUGAGAAAUUAGGUAUAGAUGACAAAGAUUCCACAGGGCAAAGUACUGAGCAUUUAAAAUAUGGAUAUUAUGAUAGAUCCUCACACUUUGCAGAGGAAGAGCUCAUUGGUGGACCUACUGUGCCCAUCUUUGCAGAGACCACAACUGAAUCUGCAUCUCUAAUUCUCUCCAAGCAAAUAUCAGAGGCACCUGACAUUGAUGAUUACUCAGUUACCAAAGCACCUCUUCUAUUGACAGCUAUAGCAAUCUCUGCUUCUACUGGUAAACCAGAGCUACCAUUUCUAAAGAAGGAUAUGGAACAAACUAUAGAGUCAUCCGACCGUGAAUGGUUUGACAGCAAGGUUUCAAUAAUGAAGCCAGAUAUGCAACCUUUGGGGACCAUAUUGCCAGAAUCAGAUGUAGUUUGGGCAAGAACUUCUUCCCUGGGGAAAUUGUCCAGAGACAUAUUGGCAACUACACUGCAGAGUACUGACAAGCUCUGGCUGAAAUCUUCCAUGACACAGUCUACCAAAUUGUCUCCAACCACAAGCUCCACCCUGCUAGAGGAUGAAGUAAUUAUGGGUGUACAGGAUAUUUCAUUAGAACUGGACCGGAUAGGCACAGAUUACUAUCAGCCUGAGGUAAUCCCUGAGGAAAAUGGCAAGGUUGGUAGUUAUGUGGAAAUGUCUACAAAUGUUCAGUCCACAGAGAGGGCUAUUGUGGUGCAACCCACAGAAGGAGGUGACUUGAGUCAUACCCAGACUGCAGGAGCUUUGGUGGUUUUCUUCAGCCUCCGAGUGACAAACAUGAUGUUUUCGGAAGACCUAUUUAAUAAAAACUCUUUGGAGUAUAGAGCACUGGAGCAAAGAUUUUUGGAACUGCUGGUUCCCUACCUCCAGUCAAAUCUCACAGGGUUCCAGAAUUUAGAAAUCCUGAACUUUAGAAAUGGCAGUAUUGUGGUGAACAGCCGAAUGAAGUUUGCCAAGUCUGUCCCUCCUAAUGUCAACAAUGCUGUAUACAUGAUUCUGGAAGACUUCUGUACCACGGCCUACCAGACCAUGAACUUGGCUAUUGAUAAAUACUCCCUCGAUGUGGAAUCAGGUGAUCAAGCCAACCCUUGCAAGUUUCAGGCAUGCAAUGAAUUUUCUGAGUGUUUAGUCAACCCCUGGAGUGGAGAAGCAGAGUGCAGAUGCCACCCUGGGUACCUGAGUGUGGAAGAACUGCCCUGUCAGAGUCUCUGUGACCUACAGCCUGACUUCUGCUUGAAUGAUGGAAAGUGUGACAUUAUGCCUGGACAUGGGGCCAUUUGUAGAUGCCGGGUGGGUGAGAACUGGUGGUACCGAGGUGAGCACUGUGAGGAGUUUGUGUCUGAGCCCCUGGUAAUAGGCAUCACCAUUGCCUCUGUGGUUGGACUUGUCCUCGUUUCGUCUGCUGUUGUCUUCUUCCUCGUCAGGACUCUUCAGACUCGUCAUGUUAGGAGAGAGAGAGAGAGGCUCAGCAGCAGGCAGCCUGACAGCCUCUCAUCAAUUGAAAAUGCUGUGAAGUACCCUGCAUAUGAAAGCCAUGUGGCUGGACCUGAGCAGUAUGAGGGGCCCUAUCCUCACAACCCCUUCUACAGCUCUGCAAGUGGAGAGAUGAUUGGUGGUCUGAGCAGGGAAGAAAUCAGGCAAAUGUAUGAGAACAGUGAGCUUUCCAAAGAGGAAAUUCAAGAAAGAAUGAGAAUUUUGGAACUGUAUGCCAAUGAUCCUGAGUUUGUAGCUUUCGUGAGAGAACAUCAAAUGGAAGAGCUUUAAUCAAAACUUUUAUUAUGAAACUGAUCAGAAGCCUAGAGAAGAUGGAGAUCACUUGUUACCUAUGUCAUAUAAUUAACCUGGAUUUUGACCUCUGUUGGAAGAAGAGUGAAAAAAUUAAAAAUUAAAAAAUUAAAUUUGGGGACAAAAUUUUUUCUAGCUUAAAAUUUCAGAAUGUAGUAAGAGAUGUGACCAUUUUUAUACCUACAAAGACCAAAAGCUGUAUUUAAAGAAACUCAAAGCUGUAUGGGUUCUGGGAAGUAUUCUACAAGAAAAACUUGGGCCUAGGAGUUGGGACUGAAUUCAUUAUCUGUUCUGAAUCUCGAAAGUGUGUCUUAACUGUGGCUCAGGUUUUCCUGGAAGAAGAUAACAGGAGACCAUUGCAAGAGAAGGCAGGCUUAGUAACAAUAUUUUGUAGCAUGUUUGUUAUUGUUAGGUGGAAGGAGAAGCUUUUGAAGUAGUUUUAAUAUAGUUUAUAGUCAGACAUUCAUCUACAUAAAAAAUAUUAAGUUUUUUUUGGCAAUUACACUAUUGUAGAAAAAGUAACCUUUUUGCUGUAGUAUAGAGUUAGGCUUGUACUUCAAUUUCCACCAGAAUUUUGAAUUUCCUGAGCAUAUGAAUCAAGACCACAUUAUUGUUAAGUAUGUCAAUAUCCUAUUUUUUUUAGUUGUCAAGGGCAUUACAUAUGUAUAAUUUUUAAAAAAUGUUUAUUUAUUUAUU